AGCCCGGAAGCCCAAACAGCUACUCUCCUAAUGAAGAUGUCUGGAAACGCCGCGGCCAGAGACAAUCAAACACCCCACAGUAAAGUCAUCUCUCUACCGAUAUCAAGAGUGAAGCUGAUAAUGAAAAGUUCUCCCGACGUCUGCUUUAUAAACCAGGACGCCCUCUUUCUCACCACCAAGGCGACAGAGUUGUUUGUCCAGAACUUGGCUCUAUCGUCGUUCAACAAUGGUUCAGGGAAGGGCACAAACACGCUGUCGUACAGUGAUCUGGCCAACAUUGCAGAGGAAACUGAGACUUUUCAUUUUCUCACAGACAUCCUACCAAAGAAGAUCUUGGCUCGAGAUUACCUCAAGUCCAUGGAGCAAAUGCAAGAGGAGGAUGAUGACCUCUAAAACAAACUUUGCAGCUGCAUUUCAACUCUUUGCAGCACUGUCAGUGACUGAUAGAUAGUAUUCUAAAAUGUACAUGUCAUGCCACUGGAUUCAGAGAAAAGUGACUGAUGGAAUAGAUCCCCUUCCUCAGCUCCACUCUUUUGAAUACAUUGGAAAAGUUGCGUUAUAGGGCGCACUUAUGGGGGAAAAGCAGAGAACGUGAGAUAUAACUAUAAAGUGUAAAUGUUGAAUGUAACAAGGACAUUCACUUAAAUGCGUUAGAAUCAGUGGUACUGAUUACCAUAUUAUGAUAUUAUUAUAAUGAUAAUGGAUUAAAAGAACAUCAAUGGCUUUAUUGUGUAUUUUUUAACUACUAUGAACUUUGAUGCUUGAAACCCCAAAUUGUCACAUGGGCUUGAUCAAAAUGGUGUCAUCCAAAUCACCAUCCAUCAGCUACCCGUUCUGAAGCCUCCUGAGUGGUCCAUCCCCUUCUCAAACGUAUUACACAGGCUAAGUCACCGAUUUUCUCUAGCAAAAUUAUUAAAUAAUAAACUUUGUUUUUAUGGAUUGAUUUUGAAAAUAUUUUAGUUUUCAGAUCAUGAGGACCCUUGGGGCUUUUAAAUGAUGUCAAAGAAAGUUGUAUCAGUUCAUAUGAAUACAACAUUUAUUGAAAUUGGUUUCAUCACUCAUCCAAGUGACCUCUUCAGACUAAACUAACUGCAGGUAUCCCCACCCUUACAUAUGCAAAUAUGGGCGUGACCAGAAUUACAAUGGCCAUGUGUACUACUAGGAUUCGGGAAUGUUUGCUCACAGCAUUGUAAGAUGGUGACAGAUGUACCCCCCCCCCCCGGUUCAGGGACUGUUUUCUUUGGUUUUCUUAUUUUCUUACCUGGAUUAUUGAGCAUGCAUAAAUACUUCUUGAAGGAUGUGCUUUACCUGUAUUCUUACAUAUGUAAGUAAUGUAAUUGUCUCUGGUAACAAAUUCCUCAUCUCCUGUGCUGAUUUGCUAUUCACUUAAUAUUUAGGAGGAGUGAGUUUUUAUGCAUAAUAGCUUGCAGAUCUAUGUCACUCAUUUGUCAUGGGCGAUAAGUACAUAGAAAUCCAUUUCGUGUGGAUGAAAUGCACAGGCCUCAGGUUUGAAGCUGUUAUUGGAUUUUGAAUCAGCGUGCUUGAAUUCAUUUAUCCUCUACUCUGACUGAGCCCACAGCUAGUUUUAUAGUCUUACAAUUUUUGAUCUAUUAACUCAAGUUUUAUUUUCUCCUGUUACUUAUUCUGUGUCAGAUGUCGCCAUGACCAUUUUCACAUCAGUGACCAAUAGAUUGAAACCAUACAGACUUUAAAGUAGCUCAAUCAAUUCACUGUUAAUACCUCUUUUUUGACUACAAAGCAUGGUGCUACGACUGAACAUGUGCUGUCUUGGCAAAUGAAAAUAUGCACUGAGCCUCACAGAUGUGAAUAUUUCAAGUGUAUACAACAACGCUGGCCUCUUCAGAACAUAACUACCCCAUAUGAUUUAAAACAGUUUUGAUAUUGAAAAUAAAAUACUGUGUCAGACGCA